AUGGAUCGCGUACCACGUGUCUAUAAUCAGACUUUCUGGAUCUUCUUGGUGGCCGCCCUGGGCCUGGCAAUACCGCUGGGCCUAGCAAGCCUAAGAAGCAAUGAUUCAGCUGGUGGCGUGUACAUUGACUUACUCUUCGAUUCGACAAUUUCAGGGAAACAAAAAAGCGAACAUGCUUUGAGGUGGGGCCUUCUCCAGCUGGAUAACCGCAGUGCAGCUUGCGAAACCCUGCCCUGGAACACGCCCGGUUAUGGGCCAACUGAUCGAGAAGGGUUGCAGUGUGACAAUGAAGAGCACUGCUCUUUUGUGUUUAGCAAUGCUUGCUUCUCAAGGAACCAGAGUGCGACGGGAUACGUCCAGGACAAGUGGCUGGUCGAAGUUGCCAGCGAUUGCCACAUUCCAAACCCUCCAACAAAAGGCUGCCAGCUAGAGAGCGGGUCUGCCGGAAACCGAAUCAAAAUUUUAUCCGCUGAGGAGGGGGUAGUGCCGGGAAAGGAGGGCUUUGACAAAAUGCCUACCAUUUUGCUGGAUCGAUCCCGCACCAAAAACCUGUUUGAGGACAGCGCCAUGGAUAUUUAUCCCCUCUUUCAAAACAUGCGACUUCGAGGUUGGGGGAAUUGUUCUGGCCGGCGAAUCGCAAUAAUCGACAAGUUCGACAUGCCCUCUCUGACAGAACGCGGCUUGCCGGAGUUGUACUAUGCUUUCAAGCAGUCGGAGACUGCUGAUUGGAGACAUUUCUCUGACCGCAAGUGUUUUCAGGAGCUUACCCUCAUGCGCACUUCUUACAAGUGGGGUUGCGGCAGUCACACGACGGCCACUUACAACCCUUCUGUGACGGAGUAUGGUGAUUUCAUUGCGGCGCAUUUUGGGCUCCCACAACAGCAUCCGCGUCUACCAGAGCGGCCGACCCUAGUUUAUCUCAAGCGGGAAGCGAACCGGAGGAUCAACAACUGGGCCCAGCUGGCAAGGGCCCUCCAUAUACCCUACACCAUUCAUAGCGCAACAAUGAGCUGGUCUGAGCAGAUCUCUGCGGUGCGGAAUGCGUCCAUUGUGUUUGGUACCCAUGGUGCAGGAUUCGCUCUCCUCCCUCAUGCACCCAUUGGCGCAGUAGUCAUCGAGGUGUACAACGAUAAGCAGCGGGAUAGGGGGCUCUACCACACCGUGGCCACUGUCAGCGGCCUAUCCUAUCUGAAAUACACGGUAGACGAUCAUAGUGCCAUCCACAAGGUGCCGGUGGAAGGCAUCCCCGCUGAUUCUCUUUUCAUGUACCACUUUGCGGACGUGGAUUUACCGGAGAAGACAUUUCAAGGACUUGACGGGGACCUCGCCCGGAGCAUCUUCUUCGACCGCUUCGUCGAGAAGAAGCCUCGCGCCGUCAAGGCGGCAGGAUCAGUCGAGGGCGCCUCGCUCAUCCAGCCGCUGCAGAAGGGCCACGCCGCGCGAUCGCACCUGCUCGGGGGAGGUGACGCAUCUGCGGCAGUGGAGGAGAGCCGGCUCACGGCGAACGACGCUUUCUUUUACAACGUUUACGCAGCCAAGGCGGCCAAGAAGCCCGGCCGGAAGCAGGGCAAGGGCGGGAACAGCUCGGACGAGGACUCCGAUGCGGGGGCGCCUUCCGCAACUAAGGCGAAGAAAGAAAGGAGCGGAGGGCGACGACAGGGAACGAGAGCGACGAGGAUAUUGAGAACGCGGAUAGUGAUAGUGACGAUGACGCUCUGCGAACGAUGCUAG